CCUGCGCGGGCCGUGUCUCCCGGAAAUAACACUGUUGUUUUGGUGUCCGCUUGUGUAGUUGUCAUCUCUCAGAAGGUAAAACUUUAACGAGCCUGUUUUUCCACGGCGUUAAAGACUAUUAUCACUAUUAUCUUAACUAUGCUUUGUCCGAGUUGAUGAAACGAGCUGUGUUUCGAGUGAAAGACAGGCAUUUUGUUAAUUUGGCGAAUUACGGCAGCUAGCACUUAGCUAAGCUGCUCGCUGGCUAACUUGCCACUCUGUCGGUAAGUUCUGUUGAGCAUGGACUCCACAGCGCUGGAACUCGACGCUGUCAAAUUUGCCAAAACAGCUGUUACCUUUGACCAGAAGGGCAAAUACAAUGAGGCUGUAUUUUAUUAUAAGGAAGCAGCCCAGGCCCUCAUAUAUGCUGGCAUGGCGGGGUCCAAACUGGAGGGGAUCCAGGACAAAGUGAAUGAGUACUUGGAUCGGGUCCAAGCCCUCCACAAUGCUGUCCAGGCACAGAAGAGUGACCCGCUGAAGUCCCGGCAGCAGGUGGACCUGGAGCGUGCCCACUUCCUGGUCACGCAGGCCUUCGAAGAGGAUGAGAAGGGAAAUGACGAUGAAGCCAUUGAGCUGUACACUCAGGCUGUGGAGCUCUGCAUUAGCACGUCCAGUGAGACGUCAGACCCGGCGCUGCAGACCAAGCUGAAGCAGUUAGCACGUCAGGCUUUAGACAGGGCGGAGGGCCUCAAAGAAUCAAAGUCCAAAUCAACUCCAGGUCAGACUCAGGACAGGACGGGGCCCUCUGGCUCCAAGGCCAGUGGUGCGAGCAGCUCUGGAGCACCAGUCCGCCAGUUUUUCCCCCUCGGGCCAGACUUCACCCUCCAGGACCGACCACAGCCCCAGCCGGUCCGGGCGGUCCAGUCCAGCGAGCCCCAGGGUCAGCGCUACACGUCUGAGGAGAUCGAGGUGCUCAGGAGUACAUCUACAAUCAAUGGCAUAGCCUAUGUGCCCUUCAUGAGUGUGGACCUGAGGGAACGAUUUGCCUUUCCUGUCCCCUUCUCGGACAAAACAGGGAAACUGGCACUGUCACCCAAACAGAAAGCCAUCUUCUCCCGCUGGGUCCGGCCAGACGAGAUCUGCAAUAACCCCACCAUGAUCAUGUCUGUGUCCAGCUUCAGCAUCAAACAGACGGUGGUCUCUGACUGUUCAUUUGUGGCAUCUCUAGCCAUCAGCGCGGCCUACGAGAGGCGCUACAACAAGAAACUCAUUACCAGCGUCAUCUACCCUCAGAACAGACGAGGAGAGCCAGAGUAUAACCCAUGUGGGAAGUACAUGGUCAAGCUUCACAUCAACGGAGUCCCCAGGAAGGUGAUUAUAGACGACUACCUGCCGGUGGAUCAUAAUGGAGAGCUGCUGUGCUCCUACUCCAGCAACAGGAACGAGCUCUGGGUCUCCCUCAUAGAGAAGGCCUACAUGAAGGUGAUGGGAGGCUACGACUUCCCCGGCUCCAACUCGAACAUUGAUCUGCACGCGCUCACUGGCUGGAUCCCUGAACGCAUCGCCAUGCACUCUGACAAUCAGUCAUUCAGUAAGGACGACAGUUUCCGUAUGCUCUUCCAGAGGUUUCACAGGGGGGAUGUCCUCAUCACCACGGCGACGGGUGUGAUGACGGAGGAAGAAGGGGAGCGAUGGGGUUUAGUGCCCACACAUGCCUAUGCUGUUCUUGACAUCAGGGAAUACAAGGGAAUGCGUUUCCUGCAGCUGAAGAAUCCGUGGAGUCACCUGCGGUGGAGGGGACGUUACAGCGAGCGUGACGAGAAGAACUGGACACCCGAACUGCUCAAAUACCUCAACUUUGACCCCAAGACAGCGCAGAAGUUUGACAAUGGAGUUUUCUGGAUUGCGUGGGAGGAUCUUUGUCAGUACUAUGACGUCAUCUACCUGAGCUGGAACCCCAGCCUGUUCAAAGAGUCCUCCUGUAUUCACAGUAGCUGGGACGGGAAGCAGGGCCCAGUGAAGGACGUCUACAGUCUGGCCAACAAUCCCCAGUACAAACUGGAGGUCCAGUGUCCAGCAGGGGGAGCUGCUGUGUGGGUGCUGCUCACCAGACACAUCACUGACAAGGAUGAUUUUGCUCAAAACAGGGAGUUUAUCACCCUUGUUGUUUACAAGACCGAUGGGAAGAAGGUUUACUACCCAGCGGACCCCCCACCUUACAUCGAUGGCAUCCGCAUCAACAGCCCACAUUACCUGACCAAGAUGAGGCUGACCAGCGCCGGGACACACACCUUCACACUGGUGGUGUCCCAGUAUGAGAAACAGAACACCAUCAACUACACACUGCGGGUGUAUUCUGGAUGCAAAUUCACCUUCUCCAAGAUCCCAAAUCCUUUCACUCACACCAAACGGAUUAACGGCCAGUGGAAGGGCCUCAGCGCCGGAGGAUGUGGCAACUACAAGGAUUCUUACAAACACAACCCGAUCUAUCAGGUUAACCUGGAGCGGUCUGGACCGCUGCUCGUCGAGCUCCGAGGAUCCAGGCAGUACAGUGUUGGUUUUGAGAUGGUGACUGUGUCGACGGUCGGGGAUCCGGGAUCGGCCACCUUCCAGAAGAAGACCAGUGGAGAUUACAGAUGCGGCUUCUGCUACAUGGAGGUGGAACACGUCCCUGCAGGCAUCUACAACGUCAUCCCCACCACCUUCUUGCCCAAACAGGAAGGACCCUUCUUCUUGGACUUUGCCAGCACUUCCCCACUCAAGGUCUCCCAGCUUCAGUGAAGACGGAGCAGGAUGGGGACGAGUGGCAUCGUGGGAUGUCUGUGAAACUGGACUACGGAUGUGAUGAGGCCUCAGUAAGACACAGAGUGUGACUGACAGCCUUGACAGACCGUCACCGAUGUACUGCACGAUCACAGACUGGUCACUGCUGACUGGAUGAUAUCACAGUUACGAUGAAGGAAUAAAAUAUUAAUAAGGAAUCAUCAGGAGGAACUUCAGAACAAAACCAACUGACUCAUCAAUUAAAACACACUUUCACUGAAAAAUAUGGAUCCAGUGGACAAGUACUGACUCAUUUUGCAUGGAGAUCUUUGUUCUAAUCAGAUAGUUCGGUGAGCCGCAAAGCUGGCAUCAAGGCGGCUUGAAAGCAAAUUCUUUUCAGCUUCUGUUUUGCUGCAGUGAGCACCUCAGCAGUGCAGAAGUGCAAAUGCUUUGGUGUUUGACUUCUUCAAAGAAACACGUCUCUUCUCUCUCGGGUUGUGGCUCCUCCACUCUACAGCAUACUGCGUCAUGUUGGGUUGCGAUGUGGAAUCAAGCAGUCGCUGGCACUCUCGUGUCUCAAUGGGAGCAAAUCCCUUUAGGCAGGUUCAACCAGAGGAGUGGAGGCAACCACCACGUCUUCAGACCAGUGACACGUGCAGUCAGGCAGGUGUAGAGCUGGUCCAAAAUAUAAGAUUAUAAAGUAGAAACCAGGAAGGAAUAAAACAUAAGCAUUUAGGUAGGAAGAUAAUCAUCUCACAGUGUUUACAGCCAGCCUCAACAGCCAACUCGUGCUUGAGAUGCUCACUGCAGCAAAACAGUUUGCAGAAGAAGAAGAUGUUUGAUGCAAGCAGCUGUGACCGAAAACAACCCAACCUGAUCAGUUUGUCUCCUUAAAUGACCGUGGAGGUUUUUGUAUUCUCAGGAACAGAGCGGCAGCACAGGGAGUCCAGUGUGGCAGCAGUUGAAUGAUGUCAUGUUACCACAGCUUUCACACACUUUCUGCAAGAAAAAAAAUCUCAAUGCAUUGCCAAGUACACAUCCUCUGUUUUCUUUAUAUACAGCACUUUUUCCAUUAUUAUUAUUUCUCAUUUUGUUUAUCGUUACUUGUUUAUGAGAACGGAUAGGUCACCUCACCUCAGCUUGUUUUGUGUUUCUGCAGCUGGCCUUGGUUCAGGUGUUGAGUCUACAUUGCAGAUUUUUAGCAGCAAAGUCUGCUGCGGUCGUGGAAAUGCUUUGGAGGAUUUGUUGAAUGAGAUUCAGGCUCUGGCUGGAUGUUGUGGUGAGAGUUGAAGUCACGUUGCAUCAUUUGGAAGCAGUCAGCUGGUCGCAGGCUUAGCUCCCUGUGUGUGCGUGGAAGACGUUUCUAACGGAGUCCAAGCAUCAAAAGGCUGAUGAGUCAGCGUUGCCUCUGAACUGAUCUGCAGCUCGCUGAUGGAAAAUGGAGCCACGCUGACUUUCUCGAUUGGACUGCUGGUCCUCGGGCCUGUUUUAAAGGAAAGAAGUUCAGUUUAGAGGUUUAAAGUUCAGAACGAGAAGCCGGUGACAGACAUGUUUACGUGUAGAGUUACGAGCGAAGUGAGUCUGACUGCAGUGAGCUGCACAGGCUUGUGUUAGACUUGAGGCUACAGUGCAAUACAACACACAAAAGUGGACGAUGUCCCUGCCGUGAUGAGCUGGAGGACGCGUCUCCACGUUGCUCGUUUUGUCCAGCCAACAGUGCCAAACCAAAAAACCAUUCAGCUUACUGUGAAGUGAUGUAAAGGCGGGAAGGCAGCACAUCAACGCGUGACUGACGCCAGAUGUUUCCGUCAUCAGUGACUCAAACAGUUUACUGAUGACCACAAUCAUCUGAUCUGUUUUUCACUGUGCGACUGUCCGAUCAGUCGUCUGCUUGUUUCGGUCUUUGCUGUUUUCGCUGUACUGUGGCCUGCGAGACGAAGAAUUCUGAAUGUUUAGAAAUCCACAAAUCACACGGUGGCUUGACAUGCAAAGAGAACAUGAGGGACUUUGUAUUAUUAGUGCAAAUAAACCAGUUCUGAUGGUUCAACUUCAUAAGAGCGUGGUGACAAUUUUAAUUUAUGAUUGCUGUUAGGUCUGAGUUUACUGAUUGUUGAUUGUCACUGAACUCAUAAUGCUGAUGGUCUAAAGGGUUGAAAUAUAGCUUUAAAGGUGCAAUUUGUAAGAUAUUUCCAGAAUUAUAGGUUACAGCAUUGAAGAUAAGAACUAACAUCAUCAACACACUGUGAAGAAGCAACAGUGUUAGCAUGCUAACCAGCUAGCUGCAGCCUGUCCUGUCUGUAGUACCACUUUGUGCCUGUAGAGGCCCCCGUAGUUUCAGCUGAGCGAUGAAUACAAGCUGUGAAUUUCCUGCUAAAUUUCACGAGCUCUCUUAUCAUUUAGUCUAAUAAGGAAACAACACAAACUCACAAAAUGUCCAGAAAGGAAAUAUUCUUCAUCUGCUUUCAUUACUGAGCAGAAAAAAUCCAACCGUACGCCUUCUGAACUCAAGCUUGGACUGAGAGGAGCUGAACUGCCUCAUAAACUCAUCACGAAACACACACACACACACACUCAACUAUGACAAAAUGAAAUGACCCUCUCGUAGUGUAGUUUACCUUUCGAUUCUCUCCAUAUUUUACAAGUUGCUCCUUUGAACAUCCAUUUCUAAACCCUUCUGUUAAAUAUGCACUUGUUGAUUAAUGAUGAAUCAUUAUUAGCCUGAAUGUCAUGUCUCUCUGUUUCCAUAUUCACUUAUGUCUUUUUAAAUGGCAAGAAGCAGACUAAAUAUGCAGCAGGAAAAUGCUGCAGCCACCUGUUGUAUGAAUGUUGAUGUAACGUUUGCAGAACUUGCACUAAAUGUUGGGUAGACUGACAUGUUGGAAAUUUGAAUACAGAAAACGAUAUCUG